UUGACAAACAUUUUACAUAUGCUUCUAUUUGCAUUGUUGUCAAAUAUUUCACAUACGGUAUUUCAAAGAGGUUGUGAAUACGCAUAUAUAAGUGUACAAGGUUUACAUACGUUUGAACCAUUAUUUGUUCAUCGCGGUUCGAGAUGGCGACCACGGCUACAAUUUCGAGCGAGGAAUGUCCCAUUGACCUCCCGGAGGCUCUGGAAUCGACAGGGCUAAACCCGGUGAUUGAAAAGUAUGAGCUCGCUCUGUUACUCCUGGUUGGAUUCGUCGGGUUCUCGCUACUCGUUGGGUUUGUGUACAACGCUAUCAGACGUUACGUGUUUAAGGACUUUCAUAACCUAGACGUCGUGUUUGACGCCGGCGGUAAAGUCAGUCUCAGCCUUACGACUGUAACCGUGACGUCACAGAUGUUAUGGCCCGCUGACUUCCUCCAAAGCCCGACAAUUGCCAGUAAGGUCGGAAUUGGCGGCUCCCUGUGGUACACCAUGGCCAUCGUUCUAUCCGUUCUUGCGUUCGCCGCCCUUUGCGUGAAGCUGAAAACCAGAGCCCCGGGCGCAAAAACAUUUCCCCAGAUAGCGUAUGCUCGGUUUGGUCGGUGGACACACAUAAUGUUCUGCUGCGUCGCCCUCUUCACCAACCUCGUCAUAAUCGCAAACCUUAUAUUGGCUGGCAAAGCUUCGAUAGAAGUAUUGACGAAGGAUUCGUCGAAUGAGUUUAUAUGCCUCUUGCUCGCGGUUUUGUUCGGAUCCUACUGCCUUGUGGGAGGUCUUGGAACCACCUUUUAUAUCUCCUACUUCAACACAUCGAUUAUCUUCAUCUCAACCUCCAUCUUCAUUCUGAAAAUAACAUACUUCGCCGAACCGGAAGUUGCAAACAUUACUUCUGCCGAGAGUCUACACGCUGCAAUGAGCUGUCUACAAGGACCUAAAGGAAAUGCGCAAGAUUCGUUUCUUACCUUUAGGAGUGAGUCAGGAAUUAUAUUUGGCGUGGUGACGCUUUUUAUGACUAUCGCCAUCAUUUUCUGCGACCAAGCCAAUUGGCAGAGCCGGAUCGCAGCAAAGCCGUCGGAGGGAAUGGUCGGAUUUCUGUUCGCGGCUUUUCUGUGGUUUGCUAUCCCGACAUCCGUGUCAUUUGUGACUUCGAUGACGUACAAAACAAUGAGCUUGCGGAACGGUACCAACCUUCUUGCAAAUGAGGACAUCGAUCAAGGUUACAUUUCGCCAUUGGUAAUACAGACGCUUCUUGGAUCCGAAGGCUGUUACCUGCUGCUGACGCUCAUCACCAUGACGCUGAUGUCAACCGGAAGUGGGGAAAUUAUGGCCAUAUCGUCCAUCAUCGUAUACGACAUCUUCAAGGCGCAUGUCACGCCAUUCCGCAAGAAUCUAAACCCAACAGACUGUCCACUGUGCAGUCAUUCGAAGUUGGUAUCCGCUUUCGACGGGUGCCAGUGUCCACCAGCUUUAGACUGCAACGAGUGUGGAGAAGACGUUAAGCGAGCGUUCGUUGGCGGUCAGGAGCCUGACUUCCGGUACAAGUGCUCUAUUCAUGGAAAGUACCGUCACUAUGAGCAGCAGCUGCUACGUUACAAGUCCUGGGCCAUGAUUUGGGUGAUCGCUGCAAUUGUGCCAUUUGGACUGGCGAUAAUAGAAUCCGGUAUGAACCUGAACUGGGCGUUUAUGGCUGCUCAAGUCUUCAUAGCUCCCUUUUUAGUGCCACUCUAUCUAACCAUCGCGUGGGCGAGGGCAACAGACACAGGGCUUGUCACAGGCAGUUUGGCCGGGUUGGUUUGUUCCGUAAGCGGGAUGUUGACUUACGCCUCAACGUACCCAGGUGGACUGGGGGACUUUUUCACGAACACUGCACAAGACUACAGCAUCUUGACGGGACUGCUAGCAGGAUUCACUGUCUCAACGUUGGUCUCCAUUUCCAUAUCGUUAUGGACCUCGCGAAACAGAAAAACGAAUAUCAAGCGUGAACUGAAUGGUCGCAUUGCUAAAGACGAGGGGGGUAGGAGCGCGACAGAGGAAAGCACUGUUGGGUCGUACGAUCAAAUCGUUGAUGGUCACCUUGAAAUAGAAUGGGAAAAGACAAUGUCGAUAGACAACCCUCUCAAUCCGUAUAAACUACUUUACAGAAAGGAGCUCACAUCUAUAGAUGCGUGGAAGAAGCCUCUCACAACAAAACACAUGGAGAUCAUCUUUCGGCGCGCAAAACUUUAUUCUGGAAUAAUGGCGGCCAUAAGUUUUACCGUGUUCCUUGUUGUGAUUCCUGCGCUAGCAUUGAGCCAGGAGGUUUUGACGGCAACGCAGCUGGGUGCGUGGAUCUCCGUCUGUCAGCACUGGUGUCUGAUCGCCACCGUGUUCGUUGUCCUCGUGCCUCCGAUACAAGAGGGUAUCCAAAUAUGGCGCCAAAAGCAGGAAAAUAAAGAUAAUUCGGUAACGACCGUCGUAACAAAACCAGACGAGAAUGGAACGGCGACUGAACAGUUCUGAUACAGUACAAUCUACUGUACAAUAAACUCAUGAAUAGGACAUCGCAAUGGUUGUGUAUGCAACUGAAGGGAAGUGUUCACAAAUAUAAUGUUGGCUACAGUUUGUUCAGACAUCAUUUGUAUUAAGUUACUUUACUUAUUCAUAUGCACAAACACCAAUCAACAAUUUGCUCAUUUGGAUGCCUAAAGUCAUCCAUUUCAAAAGCAUUACUUACGCGUUUUGGUAAAUAACUCUCAUGUUAAUCACUUUUAUUAUUGUGACAAGCAUGGCUUUCACAGUAAUAAUUCUAUCGAUGUCUGACCCUUAAACUCGCGCUCGGGCAAGGGCAAUUCGGCGAGUGCUCCGAUAAGAUUGUUAGUCACAUUACGUGUGUUUAGCAUAGUACACAGAAAGAAUGUAACGCUGGUUAGUGCUACCCUGGUUCUUUAACGGGCAAAAGUGUCAUCUGCCGAGCACUGCCACGCGGGACCCCCAUUUAACGUCUUUCCCGAAAGUAUUUUAGUGGUGCAGCGGGGAAUCGAACCUGCGACAAUCAAGUGUUACCACUAGAACACGUAUCCGCCACUAAAACCCCUUAACCCGUGGACGAGUCCCUUUAAUACGUUCAAAGCGUAUAUGUACUUACGCAUGCGCAAUCAGUAGUGAGCCUCGACAACGCUUGAUGUGCUAUAAAAUGAAAGCGCUGAAAGCUUAAAAGGCUGUAGGCGCGAAAAAGUUGACAAUUCUGUUCAAAUUCAAUAAAAAUUGAAUACAAAAAUAUAUUUAAAGUGGAGCAAACUGUAACCAAUAUGUGCCUGUCAGUAUACGGUCAAUCGACGAACCUUUCAUACAAUUAGCUAGUUUCAUAACAGUAACUGAUAAACCGAAAUGUACAACUAGUAUGAUAUAAAUGAACAUUGCUUUCAUUUCGCAAGUUUAUUGCUAGUGUAAAGUAAAUGAUAUGAAACGUAAUAUUGGCUGAGGACGUAUUGACCAUUUAGUAGGUUAAUUUAGUAAACACAUUCCCAUUUUCAUUCGGAACUCCUCGGCCAUUUUUUUUUCAAAAACAACUUCGGAUGUAUGCAGGUACCUCAGUUGAAGUAGUUCGUUAAAUUUUGAAUUAUAUCAUUAAUUAAAUGUAGUGUUUAAGAGUUGUUUUAUUGAUCUAAGUUUAAAUUGAUUGUCAUUUAAUUGUAUUAUUGCAAACAUAAUUAAGAAUCCCAAGAGUUAAGUCACAAAAUUUAACUGCUAAAUAAAAUUACUACGCGAUCUACUUGCAGCGGACUGAAACGAACAACUUGUUGAGUAUGAAAACCGUCCAAAUACAUCAGAGGUUGUUUUCGAUAAAAUGGCCGAGGUGCUCCGAAUGUCCCAUUUUCUGCUAAAUUAUCUAUGAUUAUCUGUUCUUCUCGUUUCUAACUAAGAUUUAUGUAGGAUUCUUUGACUUGCUUUCAAAUUCCUAUUAAAGUUUUUUUUUUAAUUCGAACUAUUUUAAACCGCAUAACACCAUACGUCCCAUUUUGUAUCUCCGGCGCAUUAAUUCUGUUAGCAUGUCAUGAAAAUAGUAGAUCUGACGAUACCUGGUUUCGAUUCGCGGUACUAAAGCAUGCAGGUGGCAGACAGGAUAGCCCUUUAGUUUACGCUUUUAUAAAACUUCAUUAUUUACCUGUAAAAAGCAUUUCCAAGAUAAGCAAAGUUUAAUUUGAGGUUCUAUUGCAAAAAAAGAAGAAGAUUUUAGAGCUCUUUCAAAAUGGUCCCCCCCCCCCCCCCCCGUCAAAAUCAUGUGUCGCGAAAAGCCUUUUUUACAUCUUUUAAUCGAAAUCACGUGUACUUGUCUGUCUUAACAGAAAUGAGCUUGUGAGCUAUCUUGUGACUGAAUUGUUAAAAAAAUGGGAUACAUUGAUAGUAUUUUUCUAUAACAAUGAAUUGAUGAGGGAUUACCGAUUAAUUGCUACUGUUAACUAUUUUAUAAUUCUGUUCAAAGGUGAAUGAAUCAUGAUUAUCAUUCAUACGUCUUGUAUGUAUUUUUAAUCUUAUGACAUUGACAUAUUAGUAAUUUACACAUUAUAUAAAUAAUAUAAGACUUUUAAAUCAGAUUGAUACACUGAAUAUAAUAAAUUUCUUUCCAUUUUUACACAGAUGCGUAUCGGAAGCAUGUUUAUUGUUAUUAGCCAGCUACUAAUACGCAUGUAAUUUGUGUUUGAAAAAUCCGAAUUAAGCUAUAUUUGUAUGAAAAACCUAUGUUUCUGUGAUUAUAUGUAUUAUCUGCAUUAUGUUCUUUUGUGAUUCACUUAUCAUUCUUCAAAUGACCAGUGACUGGAAAUGUAUUUUAUAUUUUCUUACAUUAUUUAGUCGAAUUAAUUUUAUAUACUAAGAAAGUAUUUUAACAAAUGAACGAACACGACUUCAUCGGACUGGUAAAUCUGUUUAUUUCAUAGAAUAUGUAGACAUGAAGCACAUUAUUAUAAUAUGUAAAGUGAAUUGAUACAUAAGAAGAAAUCCACAAUAUAUAUUGUUUUACAUUACAGCACUUGUAAGCAAAUUUGAAUCAAAUAAA